AUGAAUCAAGCUCAAAUCACUGAUAUCACCAGUCAAGUCACAAAGCUCGAAGUGCAUCAACGCGGGGGAGGUUCAUCUGGGGAUGUUUUCUAUGGAGAGUGGAGAAGUUCCCAAGGGCAGACUAAGGUCGCGAUUAAGACUGUCCGCGUAUGCACAGAUGAUCCAGCAGAGAUCGCGAAUAUUCUACAGAAGUUUAUGCGCGAAGCUCGUGUAUGGGCGACACUCAAACACGAGCAUAUCGUUCCAUUUUGCGGCAUAGCAAGCGAUCUCGCGCCAAGGCGGGGCAUACCAUCCGUCAUCUCCCCUUGGUAUGACAGUGGUUCUCUGAGGACUUACUACAAUCAACAUUGGCAAGAUGGAAAUGGUGUUGCGGUGAAUACGCGAAAAUCUAUAAUGUUUGGCGUUCUUGACGGCCUCAAAUAUCUGCACACACGCGAUCCGCCGGUCGUCCACGGCGAUCUCUCCACGCAAAAUGUCCUCAUCGACGAUAAAGGUCAACCACGCCUUACAGACUUCGGAUUGUCGGUCCUUGUCGACAUCCCUGGCUUUACAACCGUCACGAAUCGUGGUACGUACAAGUACAUGGCGGUGGAACUUUUCGGGGAUGGUCCCGGCGGACCUGGAACGGUACCCAAAAAGACGAAAGAGAGCGACAUAUGGGCAUUUGGGAUUCUAUCACUUGAGAUACUUUCCAACCUCGAGCCGUACGUGGCCCCUUCCGGACAGUCUCUUAAAGAUGCGGUGGUGAUAACAAACGUCCCGAAAGGACACCGUCCAGACCAUGAUCGUUUUAGACAAUAUGUUGAUGAUGAUCUAUGGGCGAUGUGCAAGUCGUGUUUGAGGACUGACCCCAGAAAUCGGUUUACCGCAGAAGAUAUUAGCAGGAAUCUGGCUGGGAAAUGUUGA